AUGGUUGCCACUGUUGCCUCUAAGGAAGAAUUUCAAUCUGCUUUGCAGCACUCCGGUUUGGUCGUUGUCGACUUUUUCGCCACCUGGUGCGGUCCUUGUAAGAUGAUUGCUCCAUUGUUGGACAAGUUCUCCAACGAAUACUCGAGUGCCAAGUUCAUUAAGGUCGACGUCGAUGAGUUGAGCGAAGUCGCCCAAGAAUACGAAGUGUCGUCAAUGCCAACCAUCCUUUUCUUCAAGGACGGCAAGGUUGUCGAAAAGGUUGUUGGUGCUAACCCAGCUGCCUUGAAGCAAGCUUUGGGUAACCACGCUUAA